AUGUACGGAACGUGCGUUAGGAGCGAUCUGAAUUAUCUGAGGGGUUUUACCGAAUGUCUGAAGUUCACAGACGAACGCCUGGCGAAAUACGAGACGGGAAAUUUCAAGGUGCUUGGCGGUUUCGUCGUGAGCAUUUACGCCACACUGCUGGUUACACUAGGUGUCAUCCACGUCCAAGUGCUGGGCAGACAGCUGCUGCUACUGAGCAAUCUCGUACAAAUAUCGCUGGUGCUGAUGGCGAAUCUGCAGCAGGUGAUGCUGGUGCUCGAGUUGUGGGCGAGGUUCCGCAGCCUCAAUGCCAACCUGCUGGAUGUGACGGUGCUGCCUGCUGACGCCCGGCUGCGCUUCCUGCUGGGAGGCACGUGGCCUCCAAACCCUAACCCAGUUCAGCGCCCGUCUCCACCACUGGCCGUCAGCAGCCUACGCCAGCUGCAGGAGGCCCACGUGGCGCUGAUGCGGGCUGCAGAGCUGCUGCAGCAGCACUUCGGGCUGUCCGCGGCCGCCACCAUCGCGACUAGCGUGUGCGGCGCCACCUGCAGUGCUUACGAGUUGCUGAUGGCGCUGGUGGACCCACGCUGGAUCGCGCAGUACUCUGUGUUCCAUUCGGCCGGCGCGUCUGCACUGUGGCUGGCCUUCCACCUUACCAAGGUAAUGUCCCUGGCAUUGUCUUCGGCAGUUACUACUGACAGCGCAUCUACCACGGGAGUGAUCCUGCUAAGGGCAUCAGCCUUGUCCACACGCUACAGCCCUGACCACGAGGCCUUCCUGCGGCUCACUCUGAUGGGCCCACCACUAAACUUCACUGCAGCGGGAUUCGUCACCGUCGACCGUCGACUGUUGGUCUCGGGCAUUGCCGUCGUUAUCACAUAUGUUGUUAUCCUUGGGCAGCUCACUGUCACUCAGUGA